GCCAAUUCUACGAGCAUCCCAAUCUCAGCCUUGCAACUCGUCUUCAAAACGAAUUCGAGCCAAAACUCCCAUCAUGCGUUUCACUGCUCUCAUCGCAGCCACCAUGGCUCUGGCAGGCUUUGCCGCAGCACAGUGCCCAGCUGGUGCCACGGCCAAUUGCAAGCCAGGCUUCAACUACUGCGCCUCGACGCUGAAUCAACUAGGAGACGCCGACUCGGCCAUCCGCGAAGCACUGAGAGCUGCGGACUACAAUAGUAUAAGGGUCAACAGUCCUGGCACGUGGAACAACCUCGUUUUCCAUUGCAAUGAUGACCAUACACUUAAAGUGGAAACUCAGUGCGAGUCUGAGGCUUGGUGUGUGGAUGGUGGUGUGGGCAAGAAUGAUUACUGCAAGAAAUCAGAGCUCGGUGGUCUAUUCGGUUGGUGA